CACGAUCAGGAACUCUAGCCAAUGGACACUGCCGACCCCGUAACUUCCCCCGCCGCCUCCACCCCACCGGGGAAGAAGACCAGAAGACACCAGUGUCAGUUCUGCGAGAAGACUUUCAUGCGCUACGAGCACCGUCAGCGACAUGAGCGGUCACACACCAAAGAGACGCCUUUCCGAUGCUCUCACUGUUCCAAGGCGUUUGCCAGGAAGUAAGCCGCUGAUCACUCACUCUCCCGGGGAUCCCCUCGCCUUUGUUCGGCGGCUAACUAUCGGGGAGGGACCUUCUUGUGCGACACAAUAAAGCGCUGCACGGCAUUGCCACGACGCGCGGCAAUGUUGCCACUGCCUCGACAGGUAGAGCACCGUCGCCAGUGAGAGACAAAUGGCACCAUUGGCAACCGCAUGAACCAGACAGAG